GUGAGACGAGCUCACCUCACCUCACCUCUCAUGCCGUCAACGCCUCGAUCGUGCGUGUAUAUAUGUCGUAUAUAUCCUGCUGAGUUUAAUCUGAACUGAAAGCGUCCAGGCACGCCUCCCGCUGCAACCCUCACAGUCCCAGCUCAAGCCCCAAGUGAAAUCUCAGGCCAUGGGCGCCGGCAAGACCGCCGCGGGCAUGCCGCGCAUCGGCAUGGGCACGGCGGUGCAGGGGCCCAAGCCGGACCCCGUCCGCCGCGCCGUGCUGCGCGCCAUCGAGCUCGGGUACCGCCACUUCGACACCGCCGCGCACUACGAGACCGAGGGCCCCAUCGGCGCGGCCGCCGCCGAGGCCGUCCGCUCCGGCGCCGUCGCCUCCCGGGACGAGCUCUUCGUCACCUCCAAGCUCUGGUGCAGCGACGCGCACCGCGACCGGGUGCUCCCCGCCCUCAGGCAGACGCUGCGAAACCUUCAGAUGGACUACGUGGACCUGUACCUCGUCCACUGGCCGGUGACCAUGAAGGCGGGGCGGUUCAAGGCCCCCUUCACGGCCGAGGACUUCGAGCCGUUCGACAUGCAGGCCGUGUGGGAGGCCAUGGAGGAGUGCCACCGUCUGGGCCUCGCCAAGGCCAUCGGCGUCGCCAAUUUCUCCUGCAAGAAGCUCGAGACCCUGCUCUCCUUCGCCACCAUCCCUCCCGCCGUCAACCAGGUGGAGGUGAACCCGGUGUGGCAGCAAAGGAAGCUGAGGGCGUUCUGCAGGGGGAAGGGCAUCCAGCUGUGCGCCUACUCGCCGCUGGGCGCCAAGGGCACGCACUGGGGCAGCGACGCCGUGAUGGACACCGGCGUGCUGCAGGAGAUCGCCGCGGCGAGAGGCAAGACCGUGGCGCAGGUGUGCCUGCGGUGGGUGUACGAGCAGGGUGACUGCCUCAUCACCAAGAGCUUCAACGAGGAGAGGAUGCGGGAGAACCUCGACGUCGACGGGUGGGAGCUCACGGAGGAGGAGCACCGGAGGAUCGCCGAGAUCCCGCAGCGGAAGAUCAACCUCGGCAAGCGCUACGUGUCCGAGCACGGGCCGUACAAGUCGCUCGAGGAGCUCUGGGACGGCGAGAUAUGACGCCGCGUGGCGUAGGUACGGGCUGGCGGUCAGAGCGUGUGCCUCUGCUCUGUGUUGUGAGUUGUGACUCUCUUUGGCCAGGGAGCGGGGAUGGCUGAUCAGGGGGACAGUUUGAUGCUGAUCUGCCUUGCAAUAAAAUGAUGUUCUGCAUUGCGUUGAUAAAAAAUAUAUCUGCAGUAUAAGUUCCUAUUUUA